UAAUCGCGUGUGUGAUGCCCGGGAGUCGCUCCAGCACGGACCCAGAGCACAAGUCACCGCGGGAAAGUGGUGAAGAUUCGGAAGAUGAGAGUGAAAUCCUGGAGGAGAGCCCCUGCGGGCGGUGGCUCAAACGUCGGGAAGAGGUAUAUGUAGGUUCCAAGUCCACGUUAGCCGAAGGCUCUACCUUUGGAGCAGCCAGAGGCAGUGAAAACGAAGUUACUGAAAUGGAGGUGGAACAACGUGAUGUACCAGGAAUCGACUGUGCCUAUUUGGCAAUGGAUACUGAGGAAGGAGUUGAAGUUGUUUGGAAUGAGGUGCAAUUUUCUGAAAGAAAGAACUUCAAAGCACAAGAAGAAAAGAUACAACUUGUAUUUGAAAAUCUUACACAGUUGGAACAUCCUAAUAUUGUUAAAUUUCAUAGGUAUUGGACAGAUACCCAUAAUGAUAAACCUCGGGUUAUAUUUAUAACGGAGUAUAUGUCCUCUGGGUCUUUAAAACAGUUCCUAAAAAGAACAAAACGCAAUGUGAAAAAAUUACCCUUGCAAGCAUGGAAGCGUUGGUGUACUCAAAUACUUUCUGCAUUGAGUUAUUUGCAUUCCUGUUCACCUCCCAUUAUUCAUGGAAAUCUUACUUGUGACACUAUAUUUAUUCAACAUAAUGGGCUCGUAAAAAUUGGUUCAGUGGCUCCCGAUGCGAUUCAUCAUCAUGUUAAAACAUGUAGAGCAAACAUGAAGAAUAUGCACUUUGUAGCGCCUGAAUAUGGAAACUCUGUAACCCCUGCCAUUGAUAUUUAUUCAUUCGGAAUGUGUGCUCUGGAAAUGGCUGCAUUGGAAAUUCAGGGUAACGGUGAUACCGGUACGAUCGUGACCGAGGAUAACGUUCGAAAAACUAUAGAAUCGUUAGAUGAUGCCCAGCAGAAAGAUUUCAUUCGAAAAUGUCUUCAAGUAGACCCACUCAGUAGACCAAGUGCAAGAGAGCUCCUUUUUCAUCCUGUCUUAUUUGAAGUGCAUUCAUUAAAAUUACUUGCUGCUCAUGCUUUGGUUAAUUCAGCCACUAAUAUUUCAGAAACGAUAACAGACGAAGUUUUGCAAAGGCUCUACGGUCCUGAUACGGUAGUCGCAGAAAUUAAAUAUCAAGGUCGACCACCGCAGCAGAUUCGGUUAAGUGAUAUUCCUGUUACAGAGAAGUUAGAAAAGUUCGUCGAAGAUGUAAAAUAUGGUAUAUAUCCCUUGACAGCAUUUAUGGCGAAAUUACCACCACCCGUUCGACCUCGGGCGAUAUCGCCCGAGGUUACAGAAUCGGUGAAAUCUGUUACACCCGAACCGGUGGACGUGGAGUCUCGAAGAGUAGUUAAUAUGAUGUGUAACGUUAAGCCUAGAGAAGAAAGUUGUGAAUUACUUAUGACAAUAUUAUUACGAAUGGAUGACAAAAUGAAUAGGCAAUUGACAUGUCCUGUGAGUCAAUUAGAUACUUCAAUGCUUCUUGCACAGGAGCUUGUACAUUUUGGAUUUAUUAAUGAGAAUGAUCGUGAUAAAAUAGCAAAUUUAAUCGAAGAGGCAUUAAGGAGUUGCUUUAAUAAGCAAAUGAUGACACCAGGGAUGGUGUCAUUAACAAAUCUUCCCACCCAAACUACUUUAUUGCUGCCCGGCUCAGAAUUUCAAUGCUUGCAACACUUUGAUAAUUCUAUGUACAACGCGACAACAUCUCAUAGUGAUAGUGUAAUAACUAACCCGCUGCCAAAAACCUCAGGUUUCCCUGUAUCGAGUAACAGGAACAGAAGUCACGAUGAAAUGGAACCACCGUUGAAUGCCGAGAGCGGUAGUUAACUAUCCAGGAUAUCUGGUAACUCAGUUCACUGUGCCACUUUGCACGCUCUAUGUAUAGACUGGCUAUGUAUUUUUAUAUUUAAGUAAACAGGAAGAAAGAAUGGAAUUAAAUGAUUAAAAGAAAACAGAAAAAAAUAAAAAAAGGAAAAAAAAGAAAAAGGGUGCCGUGGCUAAAGCUUUAGGCUAAAAAAUGUUAAUGCGGUAGAUUCGAACAUAUUUUAUUUACAAACUGUUUCGUAUGUUCGAUAUAUAAAAAAUAUAAUUUAAUCGAAUGAUCGAUAUAUUCUCUCCUUUUUUUUUUCAUUAAGUCAUAAGAUAGUUUCGAAAGAGGUAGGAUAUUUCCAUAUUGGAUAAAUUUUAAUUAAACAAAUGUCAAGGACGCGCUAUACUACUUCAGUUGACUGUACAGCUCUAAAAGAAAAAAAUGCGAAUAUGUAGCAAGUACAGAAUUGUAACUAGUUAUCACGAAUAAUCGUAAUAACCUGUUACUAGGCUGAAAUAAUAAAGGGCAUUUUACUAGCGAAUGUUUAAAUUCGUCGACAAACGGAACGAAUUAUUUGAAAUAAUAAAUGAAGCAAAAAAAAAAAAAAGAACUUUCUAUCGUAAAGUGACCAAGAUGUAUCAUAGAAACUUAUUUUGUAUAUACAAGUUAACACAGAUUAACUGAAAAACAAGAUGAGGAGAAAAUGGUAUAAUUAUUACAUACGGAAGCAUAACUCGAUCGUACAGCAAUGCGAAAAUAAUAAAAAUAAAAACGAUUAUGAGCACCGCACUUGUUUCGCUUCGAUAUUCGAUGUGUAUUGUGGUUUGUCCCGACUCAUACGAAUCUUUUUUCUUUCGCUCAUUAGAAUGAAUUAAAAAACAAAAAUUGAUAUCUUGAUUUGUUUGAAAAGACAAAAAUAAGAAAAAGAUAGUAGCGCGUAUAACGUUCAUAGAGUAGAACGUAAUACAUCGGUCGACUAAAUACAAUCUUUUUGUAAUUUAUCUUUGUUCUUUUCUCUUUCUUUCUUU